AUAGUGUUGCAUACUGAGAUAGCAAAUUACAAAUAUAACCGUCGUAUUUUAGCGCUAUUACGGAGAUGUUAAUGCGCCCUGUAUUUGUUGUUUAUAUGUGGUUUAUGAGAUAAGAUCAAUGUCCCUCUUUGAUAGAAGAUCCACUCUGUAAACCUGCCUUUUUAAAGAACUAUUACGGUAUAAAACGACUUUAGUCAGCGAGGUUAGCUAAGCUAACGGCACAGACUUAAGCAUGCCAAAUUUUUGCGCGGCUCCAAACUGUACACGGAAGAGUACUCAGUCAGAUUUGGCUUUUUUUAGGUUUCCACGGGACCCUGAGAGAUGCAGAAUCUGGGUAGAGAAUUGCCGCAGGGCAGAUCUAGAAGCCAAAACAGCGGACCAGUUGAAUAAGCAUUACAGGUUAUGUGCCAAACACUUUGACCCAGCCCUGGUGUGCAAAACGAGUCCCUAUAGGACAGUCCUGAAGGAUACAGCCAUUCCAACCAUAUUUGAUUUGACAAGCCAUCUCAAAAACCCUUACACCAGACACAGAAAGCAGAUUAAAGAACUUACUGAUGAAGACAUAAAAAGGAUGAGAGAAAGAAGAUUGGCUUCUGCUGAGCAGGCUGCCAAAAAAGACGAGGAUGCUUCAAACACUGCUGACAAGGAACCUCAGCUUUCGACAGAAGAGAAAGAGUACCGAGAUUAUUUAAGGUCUUUGUUUGAGAUUCUGUUCAUGCUGGCAAAACAAGCAAUCCCUUUGACCACUGACAGAGUAUCUGAAGAAGAAUUAAGGUCCAACAACUUUCAGGCUGUUCUGGAUUAUUGUAUCAAUGCCGGAGAUGAAGCUCUUAGGAAGAGAUUUGAGGUGACAGCGGUAAACAGCGAGUACCUCACCGCCACCCAGCUGAAUCAACUCCUAGAUGUUUGUGAGAACACUGUGAGGGAAGAGAUGCUUAUGGAGGUCAGGGAGAGUCGCUUUUACUCCCUGGUGACGGGAGACCUGGUUGACUUUGCCGACAGCAAAUACUUGCCGGUGUUCCUCCGCUUCGUCAAUCAGCAGAACAUCCUAAAAGAGGAGUUUGUGGACUUCCUCCCAUUUGUGGAUGGAGACGAGUCUGCUCUGGUAGAAAGGCUGGAGGCUCAAAUGGUGGAGCGCUGGGGGCUCAGCAUGGAGGACUGCCGAGGUCAGGCCCACAAUGCAACCGGCACCUCUACCACCAAAAUGAAAGCUGUUGCUGUGCUGUUAAUGGAGAAGUACCCUCUAGCUCUGCACAUGCCUUGUUCUCAUAUGGCACUGAACAUCCACCUCGCCAACAACCUACCUUAUCCCAACGUGCAGAUCGUCAUGGAAAAUCUGAGGAGGAUAACGUCCUUCUUUAAAGUCUUGCACACUCAGGAUGAGCUUGAGAAGGCUAUUUCCACUCACUUGCAGAAGAACCCAGAGAAGGGAAAUGCUUUGAAACAAAUGUGCUCCUCAGGAUGGACCGAGCAACAUAACGUCUUCGAUGUGCUGCUGGAUGUUUUGCCUUCCCUCCUGUUAUGCAUGGACAACAUCCGGGCCAAUGCAGACGGACGGUUUUCCAGCCGUGUCACAGUUGAGGCAUAUUCAAUUGGAGAAAGUCUUGCAGACUUUGAGGUGAUUGUCACCAUUGUCAUUUUAAAGAACGUUCUAACAUUCACCAGAGCCUUUGGGAGGAAUCUCAAUGGGGAAACACUUCAUGUCUUCUCUGCUGUGAACAGUCUAACAGCGGUUCUGUACUCUCUGAAUGAGGUCAAUGAUAACAUUGACGUGUACCACGAAUUCUGGUACAGCGAGGCUGUGAGCUUGGCCGCCCUCAUGGACAUCCCCGUGUCCAUCCCCAGGCUUUUCGUCCGGAAGCAGCGGGCUGCUGACCUCGGCGAGAUCCAAGCGGAGACCUAUUUCAAAGAGUACGUAACCAUACCAGUGAUUCGUGGCAUCAUGCAGGAAGUGGAGGACAUGUUUUCCGACAACAACCUGAAAGCUCUACGGUGCCUAUCUCUGGUUCCGGCUGUCAUGGGCCACAUGAAGUUCAACACCACAGAGGAGAGCUACGCAGAGGUCUACUGUGGCGACCUCCCAAACCCAGACACGCUUCCUGCCGAGCUCCACUGCUGGAGAAUCAAAUGGAAGCACAGAGGGAAAGAGGUGCGCUUACCAACCACCAUCCACGAAACCCUGCAGCUGCCAGACGUGAAGUUCUUCCCCAACGUUGACGCAUUCCUGAAGGUGCUUUCCACUAUGCCGGUACUUAAAGUCCAGAAGGGCACAGGCGACACCGCAAGCGAGCGGCUGCAGGCUUACCUCAGCAGCAUGCCUGCCAAGCAUUUAAACAAAAGUCUUGCGAUGCUUCACAUCAACUCCCACGUCAAACAUGACCUGGAUGUCAUGGUGGACAAAUACUGCAGGCUCUAUCCUGAGGAUGACUCUGAGGCUGAGCCCGAGGAUGUGGGCGAAGACGUUAUCGUGACAAAAGUGAUCUGAAGCAAUGGGUCAGACCUUAGCACCAGCCGGUAUCAGAUCCUCAGUUUUCCUUGGUGUUAAUACCGUGGAUUUUAGUCUAUCAACCUCAUCUAAUUCUUUUAUGUGAAACCGAAAGGGAGGUUAUAAACUGAUGAAUAUUAACUCUGUUGUUUUUUUUUUUAGAACAUUCUUGUUUUGAUAUAUAUUUUUUAUACAUAGACAAAAGCAACAAUUUAGAAUAUAGAGUGAGGGUUCCCUGUCAGAGCAGGAAUGUUUCUACAGGUUUAAGGACAGUGGCUCCUGAGAACUUCAAAUAGACGUCCAUAGCCGACAAAGAACAGAGUUAAAGGUGAUGAUGCCGUUAUGCUACAUGUUCAUAUUUCCAAACCAAAAAAUACGAGUCUUGGUGGGUUGAGAAAUGUUUUGUUGUUCUUUUUCUUAGCAACGUGUGGGGGAGGGCCCCAAUGUGUUAUUCUUGUCUCUCAUAUUAUUGUAGAAAGAUCAAACCAGGAAAAGGUUCUGAAGCCUUAAUGUUUCCAAACCUCUUUAAACCUAGAUGAGUUACUAACCAGUAAGACCUUAAGAAAAUGACAAAGCUUCAAGUUGUUAGCAGAAUCAGCCAGAUGUUCCCAGAUGUUCAGUCAAGUUCAAACUAAAAUUAGAAAGGAUAUGAAGAAUUUUGGAUUUUCAUCAUAUAACGGUGGCAGUUUUGAAAGACUACUGCUGAAAAUGAAAAAAACUUCAGUCAAAGGCUUUAUUAUGUGAUGUUCAAAUAUUCACUGUUUCUCCAUCCCUGUUUGUUUACUUUGUAAGGACACUCUAAUGCAAUGAAUUCAAUCUUUUUUUUUGCCCUCUAAUGUUUGUGACUGUGGAGAUGAGCAGAUAACUAAAUUUUUAAAUAAAAUCACACAAUGGAUGCAUUCUGGCGAAACGAGUGUGGCUAUCCAUUGCCUAAUGCUUUUCUGUUUUAGCUAGCGCUAGCGUGCCACACUGUCACUUCAAGACACCUUCUUUUGGAAGGAAGGACCAGGACUAAAUGAAAUGUGAUUUAACUGUUUUCUGCAUGUACACUGAUGUAGAAAGUAUGAUUUUUCUUCUCUGUAUUGUAUAUUCUACAUGUUUUGUUUUGGAUAAUUGGUUGUUGAAAUUUUGAUUAAAUGCUUUA